AUGGCGGUGAUGUUCUGGAUGACAAAUUUGGAGAAAGGUGGUAUCUCAAGGAAGAGUGACGUAGAUUUAAAAGGAAUUGUAUUUGUCAUCCAGAGUCAAAGUAAUUCUUUUCAUGCAAAGAGAGCAGAACAGUUAAAACAAAGCAUCUUAAAGCAAGCGGCAAAUCUUACACAGGAACUCCCAAGAGUCCUCCUUCUUCAUCAGAUGUCUAAGCAGGAGGGUGCAUGGACCAUACUUCCAUUGUUACCACACUUUUCUGUAACGUAUAGCAGAAAUUCAUCAUGGAUUUUCUUCUGUGAAGAAGAGACAAGAAUACAAAUUCCAGAACUCUUAGAAACACUCAGAAGAUAUGACCCAUCCAAGGAAUGGUUUUUAGGAAAAGCAUUACAUGAUGAAGAAUCUACAAUAAUUCACCAUUAUGCCUUUUCUGAAAAUCCUACCGUUUUUAAAUAUCCAGACUUCGCUGCUGGCUGGGCUCUUAGUAUUCCACUUGUAAACAAGCUUACCAAGAGGUUAAGGAGUGAAUCCCUGAAAUCCGACUUCACAAUAGAUUUGAAACAUGAGAUUGCCCUCUACAUCUGGGACAAAGGGCAUGGGCGUCCCCUUACUUCGGUGCCCGAGUUUUGUACAGAUGCUGUGAAUGCCUACUGUGCUACCACGUUCCAUUCUUUCGUACCACUUUGCGGACAUCCAGUGAAGAAAGAGGAUAUAUUUUUCGCAGUAAAAACAUGCAAGAAAUUUCAUGGUGAUAGAAUCCCCAUUGUAAAGCAGACCUGGGCAGGACAGGCAAGUCUCAUUGAAUACUACAGUGAUCACGCAGAAAGUUCUAUUCCUACAGUAGAUCUGGGGAUUCCUAAUACAGAUAGAGGUCAUUGUGGAAAGACAUUUGCCAUUUUGGAAAGAUUUUUGAAUCACAGCCAUGACAAGAUAGCAUGGUUAGUCAUUGUGGAUGAUGACACGUUAAUAAGCAUCUCCAGGCUCCAGCACUUGCUUAGCUGUUACGACUCCAGCGAACCGCUGUUUCUCGGAGAGCGUUACGGCUACGGCCUGGGCACUGGAGGCUACAGCUACGUCACGGGAGGAGGAGGAAUGGUCUUCAGCAGAGAAGCAAUCAGGAGACUUCUCGCCAGUAAGUGUCGCUGCUACAGCAAUGAUGCCCCCGAUGAUAUGGUCCUGGGAAUGUGCUUUAGUGGGUUGGGAAUCCCUGUGACACACAGCCCUCUCUUCCAUCAGGCCCGGCCCGUGGAUUAUCCUAGGGACUACCUUUCUCACCAAAUUCCCAUAUCUUUUCAUAAACACUGGAACAUCGAUCCGGUAAAGGUAUAUUUCACGUGGUUGGCACCCGGUGAGGAAGACAAAGCCAGGCAGGAGACACAGAAAGGCUUUAAGGAAGAGUUAUAA